AUGGAAUCGGACGUGGAUUGUUUUCCUUUGAAAGACAUCUCAUCCGUGGUCGAGGUUUUCAAGACGGAACUUGGGAAAGACGAGCCGAACCUGGCGAAGUUAUCGAUCAUUUUAGGGUUCUUUGAAACGGCCCUAACUUGCAAAGGUUCCUCGAGUAGCUGCCCAGGAUUAGACAAAGAAACUUUCGACGCGUUGUACGGUAAAUUUCAGGCCUUGAUUCACAAAGAUUUUAACGUUAACAAAGAACAGAAGCCAGCUUCAAGGGACUUCGUCGUCAAUGUCGCAGAUCUUGUGUGGAGUUGCCUUUCCAAGUCUUAUUUCAAGGAUAAACCACAUAUUCAGAAUCUCUACAGCUUUCUAACAGGCAAGUAUGAUUAG